UGGGAAUGUUUUCCACUUUCAAUCACUUUUUUUUUCUCCCGGUCCUUCUCACAAGGCGCUCUUUAAGCUCCGCUGUCGCCACACAGAGCAGCCAUUCAUCGGCUCCACAGUCGGCCACACACUCCCAUGUUGAACCACUGGACAUCUAAAUUGGUGUAGCUGUUUUUUCUGAGGAGGAUUUCCAGCUCAGACUGGGGAGGAUUUGGACACUUUUACGCACCAGCAUGACUUUGCCUGGAAAAAGUCCGCAGUAAUUGGAUCAUCGUAGACUCCGAACAGCGUGUUCAGUUAAAACUAUUUCAUCGCUCUCGAUAGUUUGGACACGAUCUAUAACUUCUUUUUUUAUUUUGUAUUCAGUUUUGACUUUUCGUUUGCUGAAAUUAAAAAAUAAUAAUAAUGUCGGGAGAGGAGCACAGCCUGUCCGAGGCGGAGAUGAGUCCCGGAGGGUCAGACGACGGUCACUCACUGUCACCGACUCAACCCGGAGCGUCACACGGCCAAGGGUCACCUCUGUCCGGGCCGCCUCAGCAGCUGACCGCGCUCUGCGUCGCGGACGGCGUCGGGGAUGAUGGAGAUGGAUCCAGGGCCAAAUCAGAGGAAGAUGACGAUCGCUUUCCGAUCGGAAUCAGAGAAGCGGUCAGUCAGGUGCUGGAUGGAUAUGACUGGACUCUUGUGCCAAUGCCGGUGCGCGUUAACAAUGGAAACAAAUCAAAGCCCCACGUCAAGAGGCCCAUGAACGCCUUCAUGGUGUGGGCUCAGGCGGCGAGGAGGAAACUGGCUGACCAGUACCCCCACCUGCACAACGCGGAGCUCAGCAAGACCCUGGGCAAACUGUGGAGACUGCUGAACGAGAACGACAAGAGGCCAUUCAUCGAAGAGGCGGAGAGGCUGAGGAAACAGCACAAGAAGGACUACCCGGAGUACAAGUACCAGCCCCGGAGACGCAAAAACGGCAAACUAUUGCCUCCCAGUGAGUCUGAUAGCCAAGGGGAAGGAGAGGCCAGCCACUCCCAGUCUCACUACAAGACCCUACAUCUGGAGCAUAAUGGUGGGGCUGGUUCUCCCCUGGGUGACCUGCACCACCACCACCAUCACCACCACCAUCCUGCUGGUCAGGGUCACAGCCCACCAACGCCCCCCACCACACCCAAGACUGAGCUCCAGUCUGGAAAACUGUCUGAUACCAAAAGGGAUGGGGCAACAGGAGCGGCCGGAGGAUCAGGAGGGUCCAGAGGAGCCCUUGGGGUGGGAGCUGAAGGUGCAUCCGGUGGUCCCUCUUCAUCAGGCGCUAAACCGCACAUCGACUUUGGCACGAUGGACAUCGGUGAAAUCAGCCAUGAGGUGAUGUCCAACAUCGAGCCAUUUGACGUGAAUGAGUUUGACCAGUACCUCCCUCCCAAUGGCCACCCACAGAGUGGACCCGGGGCCCCUUCAGCCGGCUCUUCUGCCUCGUCUUAUGCCUAUGCCUUGGCUGCAGCGAGCGGGCACUCAGCCUGGCUCUCCAAACAGCAGCAGCAGCCUCAGGCCUCGCCAUCGUCCUCUGACCCCUCUAAGGCCCAGAUCAAGAGCGAGUCAGCUUCUGGGAGCCACUAUGCUGAGGCCUCAUCCUCUCCUUCCUCAGGCACCCAUGUCACCUACACCCCGCUCAGCCUCCCUCACUACGGCUCCGCCUUCCCCUCGCUGGCCUCCAGGGCUCAGUUUGAGUACGGAGAGCAUCAGGCCCCUGGGGCGUACUAUGCCCACUCCAGCCAGGCCCCAGGGCUGUACUCAGCCUUCUCCUACAUGGGCCCUACACAGAGGCCUCUGUACACUACCAUAGGUGACCCCUCCAGCGUGGCCCCCUCUCACAGCCCCACACAUUGGGAGCAGCCUGUUUACACCACACUCACAAGACCCUGAGGGAGACCAGCUGAGCAGAGGGAAAUAUGGGAAGCGUGUGAGUGGAUCUGUGUGACUGCAAAUAUGUGAGCGUGUGUAUGUGUGCGUGUGUGUGUGUGUGUGUGUGUGUGUGUGUGUGUGUGAGUCUGAGUCUAUGCCAUACUGAAGUUAUGUUAGAGGUUUUUACUUUUUUAGCCAAUAAAGUGCAAGAAGCAUCCAUGGGGCCUUACAUAGUUCAAUUUAAAAGAAAAAAGAAGAAAAAAAGCCACAAACCCACAUUGUAUAAAAUAAAUCAUGGGUCAACAACAGCCAAUCAAACAAAUAAACCUUAACAACUGUGUGCCAUUAUAAAUAUGUAUGGAGUCUGGAUGUACAGUAGACAAAUGAGAGAGACACUGACAGUGGACAGAUGUUGAUGAGUGACUCUGAUUUGACCCAGACAGCGAUGGGUUUAGAAUGACAUAAUCAGAUUUUAUUAACCAAACUAAAGGAUGUUUUUGAUGUUAUUGUGUUAUUUUAUAUGAGUAGUAAGUUUAUUGUCGAUAUCCUACAUAGGGUGUAACUUUAUUGUGACUGAUUUGACUGUACAUUUACACAUCUGCACCACUGCUUUGGGAAAAAGCAUGUUUUGUUUCAGUAGCAAGUUCCCUGGUAUUUUGCUCCAUGGCCAGAAAAGGAGAGUUUCUUCGACCUUCAUUCUUUGUAGAUAGCACAGUUUUCUAACUCUGUCCUUUCUUUACAUGGACUUCGUUGAACUGAACAAUUAAGCAUUUAAGGGGAAAAUAGGAAAAAGAGAGGGAAAGAGAGCUCUUAAAGGGUGUGUUUCAGCUUGUUGCUCAGUCAUGGACACUUACCUCAAUGUUAUUCAUUUUGUGCCAGUAUAGAAAAUGUGUACAACCAUGUACACUUGAUUGGAAAGCAAUUUGAAAAAUCCAGAAUUCUGAAACCUCCACUUCAGCCUCUUUAUUUUUUUUGCUUGUAAAGUGCCUAAUGUUUUCCCAAUUCACAUUCUUAUUGAUUCAAUAAUUGAGUUAAAAUCUAUAAGGACUAGGUCUUGACCAAACAUCUCAAGAUAAUUGGCCAGCUUUGGGAUCUACUUAAGGAUUAGAAUCACAUGUACAACGAUUUUACGUAGGCCAAAAGCAUGUUUUCUUCUUUACACGUAGCCCUCUUCUUCUUCUUCUUCUCCCUCGUCUUCUUCUUCAGCAAUGUGAAUAAUGGUCAUUACCACAGGCUUCACCUUUAUCAAGUGAUGCAUACUUUAUCAUUUUAUACUGAUCCUCUUUACCACGCAGUUAUUAUUUUUUAUGUAAGUAAUAAUGUAUUGUGUGUCACACCUUUGCUUCUUUCAUUUUGUAUAAUUCUGGAUAGUUUUGUGAAGUGUUUGCUCUACACUCACUCGAGUAUUUUUUGCUUCCUUACAAGAAAAGCAAUGUUGAAAUGUUAUUGUUGUCAUUUAU